AGUGCAAGGUGGACACGGGCCCCACCGAUUCAACACAACUGCAUACAUAAGCACUUAUUAACAACAAGGCUGCUGUUUGGGUGUCAUGUUAAUGGGGGGCUAUCGCUAAGACACAUGGAGCCCCAAGAAGAAAAGCCGAUCAUUUAUACAAUGGAAAACAAGCCGAUCGUGACAUGUGGUGGAGACCAGGCCUUGUUUACAUCCCUCUACACCCCAUUGGCCCAACAGCUUCCUCGGGAGCCAAUGGAAUGGAGGAGGACCUAUGGCCGAGCACCCAAGAUGAUCCAUCUGGAGGCUAACUUUGUGCAAUUUAAAGAGGAGCUCCUUCCCAAGGAAGGCAACAAAGCUCUCCUCACCUUCCCCUUUCUCCAUAUCUACUGGACAGACUGCUGUGACACGGAGGCAUACAAGGGGUCGGUGAAGGAGGACAUGACACGCUGGCAGAACAGCCUCCGCGGCCACGGCUCGGUCGACUGGGUCAUCGUCGUCGUGGAAACCAACGAUGCCAAGAAGAAGAACAAGACCAACAUCCUGCCUCGCUCUUCCAUCGUGGACAAGAUCCGCAAUGAUUUCUGCAACAAGCAGAGCGACAGGUGCGUGGUGCUGUCGGACCCCCUGAAGGACUCGUCCAGGUCCCAGGAGUCGUGGAGCUCCUUCCUGCUGAAGCUGCGCACCCUGCUGCUCAUGUCCUUCACCAAGAACCUGGGCCGCUUCGAGGACGACAUGCGCACGCUGCGGGAGAAGCGCACGCAGCCCGGCUGGAGCUUCUGCGAGUACUUCAUGGUGCAGGAGGAGCUGGCCUUUGUGUUUGAGAUGCUGCAGCAGUUUGAGGAUGCCUUGGUUCAAUACGAUGAACUGGAUGCCCUUUUCACCCAGUACGUCCUCAACUUUGGAGCGGGAGACGGCGCCAACUGGCUGGGCUCGUUCUGCGCGCCGGUCCAGAACUGGAGCGGGCUGCUGCUGCGGCGGCCCAUCGACAUGGAGAAGCGGGACAGCAUCCAGCGGGGCGAGGCCAGCCUGCUGGACCUCAGGAGCUACCUGUUCUCCCGCCAGUGCACCCUGCUCAUCUUCCUGCAGAGGCCCUGGGAGGUCACGCAGCGGGCCCUGGAGCUGCUGCACAACUGUGUGCAGGAGCUCCACCUGCUGGAGGUGUCGGUCCUGGAGGGCGCUCUGGACUGCUGGGUGUUCCUCAGCUGCCUGGAGGUUCUGCACCGGAUCGAGGGCUGCUGUGACCCGGCCCAGCUGGCCGCCAACUGCUCGCACACGGUGGGCCUCUGGGCCUACGCUACAGACAAGCUCAAGUGCCUGGGCGAGCUGUGCGGCCUGGUGUCAGAGAAGGGUCCGACCUCGGAAGAUCUGAACCGGACUGUGGACCUGCUGGCAGGCCUGGGCGAUGAGAGACCCGAGACCAUCAACAGCUUGCUGAGCCCUUACAAGAAGCUCAAAGAGGCCUUAUCGUCCGUGGUGGCCUUCGAGAGGCACUACCUCGAGCUCUCUCACGCUGCCAUGGAGAUGUACAAGGAAAUCAACAGGCUGAGGUCAGCCAGGCUGGUGGGGAAAAGCCUCGCUGAGUUCUACAUGAGGAAAGGGGAACCCGAACGGGCUGAGGUCUUCCUCCAGGAAGCCCUGAAGUCCUACGUGUCGGAGGGAUGGAGCUUGCCUGUCACGCACACCAGGAAAAACAUUGCGGCGUGCCAGAAGCUGCUGGGGAGGACUGAGGACUAUCUGCAGACGUGCGCCUUGUUGGCGGGUGAUGCAAAUCUAACCGACGAGGAGAGGAAAAACUUCUGUCAGGAAAUCCUGUCCUUUGCAAGCAAAUCAACAGACAAGUCCGCUCAGAAAGUCACCCUCAGCAUGACCGCCUUCGCCCAGCUCACGCGGCUGGAGUUCCGUCCGUCCACGGCCUCCGUGCACUCGGGCGCCGUCCUUCAGGUGGAGCUGAGCCUGCGCUGCCUGAUGCCCGUGGCCGUGCGCAUCCAGCAGCUCUCGGCCAGCAUCCACUUCAGCCUGGAGCAGGCGGGUACCCACGGCCGGUCCAAGGGCCCGCCAAGGCAGACCAACCCGGGCACGGUGCACUUCGCCCAGCCCCACUCCUCGGGCAACGCCGUGCCGGCCUCGGCCACCACGCCCUCGCUGGAGCUGGACGAGAUCCAGGACCGCAGCCCCUCGGACAACUCGCUCAACUCCACGGGCAUCGUGUGCAAGAACACCCACCUGGUCAUGCGGCGCCACGACAGCGGCCUGUCGCCCGACACGGCCAACAGCGUCAGCCCGCCCUCCGUCGCCGUGGACGACGGGGCGCAAAUGCUGAAGGUGCAGGACGUGACGCUGGAGCCCGGGAACAACGCCGUCGUGUUCACGGCGCCGAGCGGUGACCCGGGCACGUACACCCUGAGGCAGCUGUGUGCCACGGUGGGCCAGGUCCAGUUUGUGCUGCCCCACAUCUACCCACUGAUCCAGUACGAGGUGUACUCCCAGGAGCCCCAGCUCACCGUGGAGCCUCUCUCUGAGCCGCUGCUGGCCGGCCUGCCCCAGAGCGUGAGGUUCACCCUGCUCACGGGCCACUACGCCGUGAAGAAGGGCGACGCGCUGCAGCUCAGCAACAGCGACGCCAUGCCCCUGCUGCCCUCCGCCGCCUGCAAGGCCUCCAUCCUCAGCCCCACCAACGAAUGUGUGGGCGAGAGCUCCCUGUCCAUCCAGUCCUCGGAGAAGGUGACCAGCAUCAGCCUGCCCCCCACCCCUCCCUACCACACGCUGGAGUUCCACCUGGAGGUGCUCUGCGUCAUCCCCCCGGGGCCCGACCGGCCCCCCAACGAGAGGCUCACCAACGGGGAGGUGCGCCACCGGCCCCGCAGCUACAGCCAUCCCGACACCCCCAUGACGGCCAUCGACCAGCGGAUGUCUAUAGACUGCCCCUGGUCCAUCUACUCCACGCUGCUACCCCUCACCUUCUACAUCCCCUUCAAGACCAAACACUCCCUCCUCUCCGCCGGAAACAGGAAGUACAUCCAGGUGUGCGUGCAGAACGUGUCGGACGCCAGCUUCCAGCUGGCUGAGCUGAGUCUGUCGGAGAAGCAGGAGGCGUCGCUGGAGCUGCAGUCCCUCAACACUAAAGCCCAGCAGCUGGUGUGCAGUAAGCAGAGCGUGUUCUGCCUGUGGGAGGUGCGGUGGAAGACGGACCUUCCCUCGUGUCUCCAGUGCGUGUUCUCCGCCAGCUUCUCCCCGCUGGGCCAGCCCGCCUCCUCCUUCAAGCCCUUCCUCUACCAGUUCCAGCUGGAGAGAGUCACCACCCUGUACAGCGUGCGGGCUGAGAUCCUCCCUGCGACCGGGGAGCAGCAGUGUCGCUCUGGCACCCUCUGUGGGCUGGAGGUGUGCAUCACGAGGCUGACAGAGCCCGCAGAGGGAGAGCUGGCAGAGGAGGGCAAGACCGACUCAGACGGCCUCCGGACCACAAAGCUCAUGUAUGAAGUGGCCGACAGCAGUAGCAACUGGGCGGUGUGUGGCAAGAGCUCCGGCAUGGUGUCGAUGCCCGUGGCGGCCAACGCCACGCACAGGGCGCACAUCGAGGUCAUGCCCCUGUUCGCCGGCCACCUGCCCUUCCCAAAGAUCAAGGUGUUCAAGUACCUGCCGCACACGGCCACGCAGGCCAUCCAGCCGGACCCUGACAGCUGCGUGGAGAACGACACCCUCUCCCUUCUGGACAAGAACCUGGACGACCCCCAGGGCGACACGGCCAGCCUCCGCAGCCGCGGCAGCGUGCACUCGCUGGGCAGCGGCGAGCAGCAGCGGGGCCUGCCCAUGCCCCGCCUGGAGCCCUUCGGCCCGGGGCAGGUGUUCAACCACAGCCACGCCCAGCAGGUGCUGGUGCUGCCCGCCACCGACGACCACAUCAUGGAGGUCAACGCCACGUGACAGCCCCCCUCGCCGGC